CAAUCCUCGAUCAUACUUUAAGAUAUCCCUAUUUUUGCCAUUUUUGAUCACUUUUCAAUUUUGCCAAAUAAGACGACUCUUUCUAGAAUCACUACAAAUCUGGAUUUUUCUGCGGGUUUUAACAAACAUAUUUUUGAAUUGAUUCAUAUGAAAACAAAGAAUAUGGCCACUACUGAUGAAGAUUGUAUUAUCUGUGUGGAUGUAAUGUCAAUAAAAACGCACCUUCUCCCGUUGAAUAAGAUGAUUGAGUUCCACCAGUGCAAGGGAACUGGGUUAUAUGCACCUGCAAAUUGUGUAUUGGUGAUAAUUGCUAGGGGAAUUCGACAUAACUGGAAGCAGCCAGUGGCAUAUUUCUUUGUACAUAAUUCCUGUGAUGUACAAGAUUUACACUACGUUAUAACCACAUCCAUAAGGAGACAUGUAGGAUUGAAUGUUUUAGCAUUGGUUAGUGACCAAGGCCCCAACUUCUACAAAUUUUGUAAUGAGCUUGGAGUUAAUAUGGAUAAGCCAUAUUUUUUUAUUGAUGAAAGCAAAAUUUAUUAUAUAUUUGAUACCCCACACUUAUUGAAGAGCACCAGAAAUAAUUUAUUCAAAUAUGAUUUCAAAUUGGGGAAAAAUGUAAUCAAAAAACAAUAUAUUGAAGACUUGUUUAAUUUUGAUGUGGGUAAAACGAUUCGUCUCGUUCCUCGAGUAUCAGAUAUCCAUAUAAAUCCAAGCCCCCUUCAUAAAAUGAAAGUGUCUCUAGCUGCUCAGAUAUUGAGCCAUUCUGUAGCUUGUGCUAUGGAAGCAUUAGUUACCUUUAAUUUAUUUUGGUCUGAUGCUAGGCAAACAGCAGAAUUUAUUGGGGAUAUGGAUAAAUUAUUUAACAUAUUGAAUUCCUCCAAUUUCAAAUCAACUAAGAUUUUGAAUACGCCCUAUCAAGGUAGUGAAGAGCAGGAAAACCAUCUGUUGAAAUCAUUGAGCAUUUUUGAAAACCUUAAAGUGUUCGAGGGCAAUAAAGAAAUCACAAAUAAUGUCAAAUUCUUGAAAGGUUGGAGACAAACCAUCAGAGCUGUGCUGAUGCUUUGGGACGAUUUACGUCCUAGAGUUAAGUUUAUGCGUACCAGAUUCAUGAACCUAGAGGCCUCAGAAAUUUUUUUUGAAAAUAUUGGGAGUCGGGGACGUUAUGUAAGAAAGCCUACACCAAUUCAAUUUAAAAGGCUUUACAAAAAAAUUUUUUGUCAUCAAUUUUUCAAGCAUGUUGACAGUGGUACCUGAUAGGCCUUUCAGAAGUGCUCAGUGAUUUGGUAACAAAGAGACUAUUCUGGCUGUGUACUAGAGUAUAUGAUGAACGUUUUACCAAAUUUUAGAAUCAAAUACUUGAAGUACAAAUCAUUUCUUUUUCAUUAUUAAACAUUACUAUUUUCCGAAAUUAUGACAGCUUAUCCUAAGGAUUACAACUACCCGAAAAAAAUGUCUUAUCCCAUGUUUGUGGUUAGAUGAUAACAAAAAGUUUAGAUAAACAUAGGUGUAAUAUCUGCGAAGAGUAUGGAAAAGUCAAAAAGAACUCCCUCAUGAAACUAUAUUGUGCCAUUCGAAAAAUUUUAAAGAGGGUGAACUGUUUGGGAAUUUAAAACUGCCUCUCAAUAAUUUUUAUGAAUUUAUUGAUAAAUUAGAUAACAUAUUCAUCAAGUUAUUUCCAGUAAUACCAAUUGAAAAUGAUGUUAGAGUAAAAUUGAAAAGAGUGCUCCUCUUUUCAACAUACGUGUUCUAAAUCAUUUAAAAAUACUGUUUUGCAUACAUUUUGAUGAUUUGUGUAAAGUGCAAAAUAGAUAUUUAUUCAUGAUAAUAUGUUGUGUAAAUGUAUUAUGUUUACUCUAUUUUUACAAUAUAAUUUGUUUUUAUGAUAAGUGAUAAAACAAGAUUUCUAUUGAUGUAUUUGUGAAUUAAAUAGUCGCUUUCUGAAACAUCAAGACGUACUGAAAAGUUUUGAGUGUCUUAUACCGACCUCUACCAGUAAUGCUGAAGUCACCAGAACACAGGAAGAAAGUUUUAAAAAGCUCCUGAAUUUCUAUCAGGAAGAUAUUCAAAUUGGUGACAUCGCUGCCAUUGGGGAACUCCAUAUGUGGUACGAGAGGGUGAAAGAUUUUUUAAAUUAGCUAAAAGAAGGCAAUCAAUUAUUACACUGCCUGCCAUCAGGAUGUUUUCCCCACUAUCAACACCCUCCUGAAAAUUCUUACCACUCUUCCUGUAUCGACAUCAACCAGUGAAAGGUCCUUCUCAUCUCUUAGAAGAUUGAAAACAUACUUAAGGAACACAACUGGCCAGCAAAGGUUGAACGCGCUUGCUAUGCUCAAUACUCACAGAGAGCUAGUUAUCAAUGAUGCUGAAGUGUUGGACGAGCUGGCAAAAACACCUCGCCGUCUUGAAUUUAGACUUUCUUGAAUUAUUGUAUAGAGGAGCGUGAUAGCAAUUUUCACUUAUAAAUUUGUUCUCGACCGACACCGGUAGAAUCUGAUUUCGUAUCGGCUGUCAGCGGAGAAUCAGAACAGAUUUUAAUAUCGAUCGUACGUGCUAUUAUAGAAAAGUUUCAAAAGAGACAAAUUAAUUAAUCUUCUGAUAACUCAUCAUAAUUA